UUGCUGGUGGUCCUGGUCAGUUGCUGCGUGUGUCCCUACUGCUGCGUCUACAAGAGGUGCCGCAGGCCGAGGUCCGCGCAUGCGCAUGGAGACCCUCCAGGAUCCGCGUCCACGGCCCAUUACCAGCCGGUGCCCUCCGCCAUGGCUCCGAGCCCGUGCCUUGUUCUCGCGCUACUGCUGUGCGCGGCCCUGCCCGCGCGCGUGUCCGGCGGGGAGCGGGACUGCCUCCCCUACACGGACUUCAACAACGACUACCAGUUCUCGCAGACCUGCGUUUACGGCUUUUGCUGCGGCCGCUGCCGCUACCGCUACUGCUGCGACGACCCCUUCAAGCGCCUGCGCGAGGAGGACCAGGAGGACUGCGCGCGCGAGCCCGAGGUGCGCAGCGUCCCCGCGGCGCCUCUGGUCGCGGGGGUCGUGGUGGUCGUCCUGGUGCUGGUGGUCCUGGUCAGUUGCUGCGUGUGUCCGUGCUGCUGCAUCUACAAAAGGUGCCGCAAGCCGAGGCCCGCGGAGCCCACGGCCGCUGCUGCGCAUGCGCACGGAGACCCUCCAGGAUCCGCGUCCACGGCCCACUACCAGCCGGUGCACGCCCAGCCCGGGUACGGAGCUCAGCCCCAGCCCGGGUACGGAGCCCAGCCCGGGCCUUACCCCCCCGGACAGCCCGGGUCCGGGCCCGGGUACCCCCUCCAGCCCGGGUCCGGGGGGGCCCAGCCCGGGUACGGACAGCCCGGGUACCCCCCCGGACAGCCCGGGUCCGGGUACCCCCUCCAGCCCGGGUACGGGGGGUCCCAGCCCGGGUCCGGACAGCCCGGGUACCCCCUCCAGCCCCUGGGACAACCACAGCCCUCCGGAGCUCCACCGGCCCAGAUGGACUUCCUCUCCCAGCCGGCGUACAACCCGGAGUACUCCACUACCGGAUAA